CGCAGUCCCAUCACCGUCCCCUCACCAGCACAAGACAGUACUAUGGCUUUCGGUGCACCAGGCGGACGCGGCGGAUUUGGCGGUGGUCGUGGAGGAGGAGACAGAGGUGGUCGCGGUGGCGGAAGGGGUGGGUUUGCUCCCAGAGGUGGCCGUGGUGGCCCUCCUGGCCGCGGCGGACGUGGUGGUUUCGGCGGCGGUGACCGUGGUCGCGGUGGUGGAGGAGGCGUCUUCAAGCGUGGUGGAGGCGGUCGUGGUGCUCCCCGUGGCAGGGGAGCUCCCCGCGGUGGUGGAAGGGGCGGUGCGCGCGGUGGUUCGAACGUGAUCCUCAAGCCGCACAGGCACCCUGGUGUCUUCAUCGCGGAGGGCAAGGAGAGUCUGCUGGUCACGAAGAACCUGGUCCCCGGAGAGGCCGUCUACGGCGAGAAGCGGAUAUCCAUCGAGGGAGGCGUCGAGGGCACCAAGACCGAGUACCGUGUCUGGAACCCCUUCCGUUCUAAGCUCGCUGCUGGUGUCCUCGGCGGUCUUGACCAGAUCUUCAUUGCCCCCGGCAAGAAGGUGCUCUACCUUGGUGCUGCCAGCGGUACCAGUGUCAGUCACGUCGCGGACAUUGUUGGCCCUGAGGGUGUCGUGUACGCCGUUGAAUUUUCGCUCAGGUCAGGGCGUGACCUGAUCAGCAUGGCGAAAAAGCGGACGAAUGUCAUCCCUAUCGUGGAGGACGCCCGUACACCUCAAAAAUAUCGGAUGCUCCUCUCGACCGUGGAUGUCAUCUUCGCCGAUGUCGCUCAACCCGACCAGGCUCGUAUCGUCGCACACAACGCGGAGUACUUUUUGAAGUCCGGCGGGCACAUUGUCAUCUCCAUCAAGGCCAGCUGUAUCGACUCUACCGCGCCCCCUGAGGCCGUGUUCGCCCGGGAGGUCGAUGUCCUGCGGGAAAGCAAGUUCAAGCCGAUCGAGCAGGUCACUCUGGAGCCGUACGAGCGUGAUCACGCAAUGGUGACAGCUGUUUACCAACGGCACAAGUAAAGGGCAUGUGUUUUUUGGACUCCGUCUCUCUGUCUUGCUCUGUUCGUCUGGCCCGUCUCGUUCGCAUCGUUGUAUCUGUGUAGUACAUUUUCCCUCAAAAGUAGUCCUAUUAUGCUGUAGGUUUUGCCG